UUUUUAUAUAGUAUAAACAUUAUAUUUAAAUAAUAACUUUUUGAUUUUACAAAAAUUUAUAAUAAUGGUAAAGAAUUAUUAUCAGAUAAUAAUAAUUGGAGUUACUCUUUUUAGUAUAUUUUUUACAAGUUAUUCUGUAGCCGAAUUUGAUAUUCAUAUACCAGUGGAUCACGGUACCUGUGAAAAUUGGACAACAAUGCCAGAAGCAGAUGUUGGAAAUUGUACAAAAAAUGGACGUGUUUUACAUUGUUUCGGUGGUAUGGCUAAUGUACAUGUUAUGAAUCCAUCAAAAGUUAAAAAAAUUGAAGAACUUAUAUUAUGCGGUUGGCCAAAUGAAACAUUUGAUCCGCAAUUAAUAUUACCGCAAUUUCCAAAAAUUCGAUAUCUUAAAAUUGAACAUGGUCAAUUAACAUAUAUUCCAAAAGCGUUCCCGGAACUUCAUCAUUUAAAGAGCAUUAAUAUAUCUUGGACUAAUCUAUCUAAUAUUCAACAAAAUUUAUUUAAAAAACUUCACAACCUAAAAGAAUUGGAUUUAAGAUGGAAUCAUUUAGAUUUUAUAGAAUACCCGUUAACAAUACCAGAAACAUUUCAGCAUUUAUAUUUAGAUGGGAAUCCUUGGAAUUGUACAAAAAAUUUGGAAUGGAUUUUAAAUCCCAUAAAUAAAGAUCGUAUUGUUGAUCGAGAAUUAUUAUUUUGUGCUGAUAAAUUAUAUAGAAGCAGACAUUUAAUGACAGUAUUACAUUAUCAAGUGGUUCUAAGGACAAUGUGUAAUAGUGUAGAAUUAAAGAAUUGUACAUGUACUAUGCAUUAUAUAACAAAGAGUGAGAAUGAGCGUUUAACGCCGAUUUAUGCUGUUAAUUGUUCUAAUUUAAAUUUAACACGAUUUCCAUCAUUCGUACCACAGAAUACAACAAUUUUUUAUGCAAAUAAUAAUAAAAUCUCGGAUUUGCGGCCAUUAAGAAAUAAUCCAAAUUAUAGAACUGUUGUUGAUAUUUAUUUAGAUAAUAAUCGUGUACCAAAUAUUGAUGUUUUAGAAGCUGGUUAUUGGUUACGUCAUUUUCGUGUAUUUAGUUUACGUGGUAAUCGUUUAACAAAAUUACCAAUUUAUGCAUUAGAUAAUGCAUUAGAAUUUAAUAGUAAUGCAGUUUCAUUAUAUUUAAGUAGGAAUGCAUGGCGUUGUGAUUGUAAGUUUGCAAUGCGUUUUCAUGAAUUACUUUUAAAAUAUUUAGAAAUAAUUGUUGAUUCAGCUAAUAUAACAUGUAAAUAUUUUGAUGGUGAUCGCAGUUAUACAUUAAAUGUAUUAAAUAUAGAAAGAAGUACUGUAUGUAAAUUACCAAAUGAAAAUUCAAAAAUUCAACCAAUAGAUUUAGUUAAUUGUACUUUAGCAUUUUUAAUUUUAUUUGUAUUUACAAAAUUAGGUUAUGAUUAUUAUCAUUAUAGAAAAUCGGGAAGACUGCCAUGGAUUGUAACGAAAAUUUUAUAAAAAUUAAA